AUGGCCUCGGGGAGACGGUGGGGCACGGAAAGCCUGGGGGAGCCGGCAGGGGGGCGGCAGAGCCACCCCGGCUCCUGCUACCGGGAGCUCAGCCACUUCCCUGCCAUCACCCGCGCCGCGCUGGGUGCGGCGGCAGGGGGCCAGGCCUUCCGCCUCUACACCGAGUGCAGCCAGCCAGACCUGCGCCGCCGGCGGCUCCUGCGCUUCAGCCGGCACUACAGCCUGCAGCACGCUGGCGGCGGCCUUACUGCCAGCCAGGCAGCGCUCAGCGCCGAGAUCCGCAACCAGCUUCUCAGCCAGGACUCGCCGUCGGGGCAGCGCCGCGCCGUGCUCACCCGCUGCCCGCUGCAGGGCCAUGAGUUGCUGGAGGUGUGGGAUGGCUGCGGGCGCAGCCACGGCGUGGACCUGACAGCGUUGGGGAAGCACAGCAGGGUCUACACAGAGGGGCCCUUUGCUUGCCUGGCCUGGUCCCGCUCGGAGACGCGGCUGCUCUAUGUGGCCGAGAGGAGCCAGCCCAGGCCACCAAAACCCAGCCCGUGGCUUGUGCCGGGGGCAGCCAGGCUGGCAGAGGAGGAGGAGGAGGUGGGUGGCGAGCUUCCCGUGAGUGGCGAGCAGUUCGUGUACCACGAGGACUGGGGGGAGGCGCUGAGCACCUGCAGCGUCCCCGUGCUCUGCGUGCUGGACAUCGAGGGCAGCAGCGUCUCAGUGCUGGAGGGUGUCCCCGAGCACGUCUCCCCCGGCCAGGCUCUGUGGUCCCCGGAUGACACCGGCGUGGUGUUUGUGGGCUGGUGGCACGAGCCCUUCCGCCUGGGGCUGAGCGCCUGCUCCAACAGGAGGUCGGGCAUUUUCCUUUUGGAAGUGGCCAGCGGGCGCUGCGAGCUGCUGUCGGCACAGCCCCGUGCCGCCUGCUCGCCCCGGCUGAGCCCCGACGGCCGGCGCCUGCUUUACCUGGAGGGGGCCGUGGGAGGGCCCCACCGGCAGUGCCUGCAGCUGCGGAUGCUCACCUGGCAGACACGGCAGACGGUGACGGUGCUUGACGUGGUGCAGGAGCCCACGGGUGCCUUCACCGGGAUCUAUGCCGCAGAGCUGCCGCCGCGGUGCUGGGCAGCCGACAGCCGGCGAGCCCUGCUGGGCACCCCGCAGCGGAGCCGCACGGACCUGCUGCUUGUGGACACGGAGGCAGCCGCUGUCACCAACCUCACUGCCGGGUCACCCGAAGGCUGCUGGGAGCUGCUCACCAUCCAGUGGGACCUGCUCGUGGCCACCUGCUCAGCCCCACAUCGCCCACCCCGCCUGGUCGUGGCAGAGCUGCCACCGUUGGGUCAGGAGCUGUCCCUGCGCUGGGUGACAGUGGAGGAUGCCCCAACAGUGCCCGGCAUCACCUGGAAAACCCUGAUGGUCCGGCCACCCUGCGGCGGGCAGAGCCCUGCUCCGCAUGGCACCCAGCCCUUCGAGGCGCUGCUGCUGAGCCCAGCGGGCAGCAUGGCACCGCACCCCCUCGUUGUGUGCCCCCACGGUGGCCCUCAUGCUGUCUUCGAUGCCCGCUGGCGCCCGAGCAUGGCCGCACUGUGCCGGCUGGGGUUCGCUGUGCUCCUGGUGAACUACCGCGGUUCUCUGGGCUUCGGGCAGGCCAGCAUCGACUCACUGCUGUCCCGCGUGGGUGAGCAGGAUGUGGCGGACACACAGCUGGCAGUGGAGCAGGCACUGCGCAGCGAGCCCCUCGACUCACGCCGCCUGGCCCUGCUCGCCGGCUCCCACGGAGCCUUCAUCGCCCUCCACCUCCUCGCCCGCGAGCCCAAGCGCUACCAGGCGUGCGCCCUGCGCAACCCCGUCUCCAACCUGCCCGCCCUGCUGGGCACCUCCGACAUCCCCGACUGGCGCUAUGUGUCCCUGGGGCUGCCCUACUCCUUUGAGCGGGUGCCCCGUGCCGAGGACGUAGCCACCAUGCUGCAGCGCUCGCCCAUUGCCCAGGUGCACCAGGUACGGGCACCGGUGCUGCUGUGUGUGGGUGCCCGGGACCGGCGGGUCAGCCCCACGCAGGCGCUGGAGCUGUACCGGGUGCUGCGGGCCAGUGGGGUGCCGGCACGGCUGCUGUGGUACCCGGAGGGCGGCCAUGCGCUGGCAGGCACAGAGACGGAGGCUGAUGUUUUUGGGAACUGUGCCCGCUGGUUCCUCCAACACCUGAGACAGCCCCGGCACAGCCCCUAGCACCUGCAGUGGCCCUGUGGCUGUGCUGGCCUUGGAGUGACUGGGGG